GUCAACUUUACCCGUAUUUGCUGUUCGCAGGGCAAAGCGCUCAGCGACGGUGAGCAUUGAUCCUGGACGCCAACGUCGCGCGCCUUCUCCCAUGGGCGAGAGGAUCCUGAAGGGUCAUUUCGACGGCUUCAAUUGACAGGCUCGAUGCUCAUCAUCAUCAUCAUCAUCAUGUCCUUGCCUUUCAUAUACCCUCUCGCGCGAACAUUGUUCUCGUCGUUCUCAAACCGUAUCCCAUCAAUAAUGUCCUUGAUUGAAGGACAAGAAGCUCUCAGUUAUGUGACACGUACAAACUCCAUCAACCCUAAUGCGCCCUUAUAUCUAUCGGCCGGCUCAUCAUUCGGUUUAAAUUCAACUUGUAUCAUCACCACUGUCACUUGCCACACAUUGCAUUGAGGCAUUCCAUUCGUUCGCUUUCAAUUGUACAUGUACUACCACGAGGUUUCACAC